AUGUAUCAAUUUGAUUGUUUUGGUGGAGGAAAACUGAAAGUUAGUCUAACUUUCGAUUUUUUUUAUCCAAAAAAUUUCAACCUAUAAAUUUGUUACAGCCACCUUAUUGUUUGCUUUUUCGAGAUUUGAUAACUUCGCUGCCGCUUGCGAUUUUUUGGCUGAUAAUUCCGAUUUAUAUCAGGAUUAUACGGAAAAAGGAACCGAAAUUGAGAACUCCAAAAUGGUUUUGGGCACAUUUGGUAGGUUUUUUAAAUUUUGAGUUGAAAACUCAAUUUUUAAAUGUGAAAAUAUUCGGGGACUAGGAUUUCCACCUUGAAAAAACUAGUCCCCCUCAUUUUUAAUGAAUUCGCGGGACAAGUUUCAGCGAAUUUUCAGCCGAAAACCUCGAAUUUUCAGACAUUCCAAGCUCUUCUUAUCGUCGAAAAUGCCACGUUUGGCGCUCUGGAUUUCAACAAAUUCGACCAUUUUCUACCUUUUCUCCGGUUCGCCAAAGCAAUUUCCUAUGUAAGUUUUCAAAAAUCCACCUUUUUUGAUAUUUGAUAGGAUUUUCUCUGCGUCUCUCAAUUUUAUAUGUUAUUUUUCGAGAUUACAAGAAAUGUAUCAAAUUUCGAAACACAAAAUGAAAUGUUAUCUGGAAAACAAGUGUUUUUUUGAAAAACAACAUUUAGGUGCAAUUUUUGGGGGGCGGUGUUUGCACAGAUUUAUUUUUUAAUUUAAAGGUGGAGUCCGAGCAAAAAUUAAGUUGUGCUCAUUUGAAAGAGCAUGUUCUAAUUAGUACAAUCCUCGAAGGAUUUUUUCUGGAAGCUUCUCAAACAUUGGUUAAAAAAUUACAAAGUUCGAAAAAACAGUGAAACACCGUGUAAAAUGGCUUGAAAGUCCAUAUCUCCAACCGUUUGGAGCUGUGUUUCUCUAAUGUUAGAGAAGCUCUCAGAAAAAAUCCUUCGAGGAUUGUACUAAUUGCAACAUGCUCUUUCAAAUUAGCACAACUUAUUUUUUGCUCGGACUCCACCUUUAAAUUUUUAUUUGCAAAAGGGAUUUUUUCAAAAUAAAAAGGUGUUAAGCUGUUAAAUUGAACUUUAUAUUGGAAAAUUUCCAAGUAUUUCGAAAAAACCAUUUUUUUUUUGACAAAAAAUUUGAAAAACUCAUAAAAACGGCUGCUCCAAGUGCUUAUCAGUGAAAAAUUGGCGAAUUUCACAUAUUUUUUAUUUGAUUAGGCGUUUUUUUGCCGAAAAUUUAUGAACUUUUUCCCACGCAUUUUGAAGCUCAUUUUUUGGCUCAAACACUUGUUUUAGCGAUGUUUUUUCAAAUAAAAUUUGGAGUUUUUGUGAUUUCCGCUCUAAAUUCAUAGGUUUGACCAAAAAUAAUUGAAAAAUGAAAAAAAACAGUAAAUUCUAGUCAAAAUCUUGCAAAAUAAGAAUUGGGGACUAUGUUUCACACCAUGCAAAUUCUAGUCCUCCGUUCUAUUGGUUCAAAAAUUUUUCUGAACUUUUCCCACGCUUUUUUUGCAGCUGCUCAUUUUUUGGCUGAAAAAUAUCAGCUAUAGCUAGGUAGACCUAUAAUUUUCUGACUAUUUUUAGCAGAUCACAAUUUAGAGCCCAAGAACUAUAAUUAAAAAAUUAUUGUUGAAAAUUAGGGGGUUGGGAUUAGAGAAUUGAGAAAAUCCUAGUGCCUCAUGAGAUUUCAGCGCUCGUUUCGCGCUCUCAAAAACAACCAAAGAAUUGGGGGACUAGCUUUUGUAUCUUGCAAAUCUUAGUCCUCCGAGUUUUCAGUUCAAUUUUUGCAGACAUCUUGCUGUAUCUGGUUUUGUUUGCUCUCGAAACGACUUCAUGAAAUUCACUCGUCUUUUUGUAUUUCGUUUUUGGUGCUUACUAUUUUGAAAUUGGUUCAGAUUUUGAUUACGGUAUGUUUUUCUGCUUUUUGAAGAAAAAAUAUAAAAAAAUGAAGAAAAUUAUAUAAUUGGAAAAAUUAAUUAAAGAAAUUUUGUUUUUUUUUUUUGUUGAAAAAAAGAACUGACAUUGAUUUUUGAUUUAAAAAAUUGGACUUUUCUUGCACUUUAUUUUUUUCGCGAGGAAUGAGAUUUUGUAAUAAUGCUACGUCAUAACUUUAUUCAUUUUAAAAUAACUUUUGAAUUCUUAGAAGCGUAAGCUUACAUUAUAUUUUUCCAGUUCUUCGAAUCGUCAUUUGACCUUGGAGAUCUAACCGAACUCACACUUCUAAUGGCCGAAUCAACACUUCUUGCAAUUUCAAAACGCCGUGAAACCGAGAAAUUCAUCCUCGAGAGGCCGAAAUCACCAGAAGAAAAAGCUUCAUUUAUAUCGAGAGUAUUUUUCUCAUGGCUCACUUAUUUGAUUCGAAUUGGUGCAAAAAGACCGCUUGAAAAUGAAGAUUUGUAUCCGUUGAAUCGAAAAGGAAAUUCAGAAUAUUUGAAAAAACGUUGGGAUGAGGAAUGGAAAAAUGAAAGAGAAGGUGAGAAGUACGCGGAAAAUAUCAAAAUAUUUCUGAAAUACUUUUCAGAAUGCUCGAAAACCCAAAAAGUUCCGUCAAUAGUCUGGCCAUUUGUUCGAAUUCACAAAAAAGAGAUUUUCUGUGCAACAAUUGCUCGAGCCCUUGCUGACACUAUUCAUUAUCUCAAUCCAAUUCUGCUCAAGUUAGUCUAACUCCAAAAACUUUGAUUCAAAAUUUGUCUGAAUUUGUUUCCAGACAAUUAAUCGAUUAUGUUUCUUUUCACGAUCAACCUUUAUCUUUUGGAAUCGCAAUUGCUUCAUUGAUGUUUUUAUCAGCCACAACAAGAAGUUUGCUGCAAAAUUUUCAGGUAUUUUUGCAGGGUUUUCAGACAGACGAAUGGUUAGGCCCGAUUCAAGCCCAAAUAGUCUGAAAUUUCAGAUUGGUUGGAUGUGUCGAUUAUCUCUAUAUUAUCAAAUGGUUUUAAAUUCUGCCAUAAUGUCAAAAAUCCUGCGACUUAGCCCAACUGCAAGAAAUGGUCGAACUGCUGGAGAAAUUUUGAAUCAUUCAGCUGUUGAUACCGAAAUCAUUAGUCAAGCUGUUGUCUAUUUGCAAAAUAUGUGGAGUGUUCCUUUUCAGGUUAGUUAUGACGUGGCUAUUUUUAAGCCUUGAAGUGUACAUUUUCCAAAUAUUCGAAAUCUUCUCCAAUGUUUUUUGCAAAGCUACCGUCAAACUACUCAAAAAAACAUCGAUUUUUUUUCAAAAAAAAUUUGAAACGUAUGAAAUUCAGGUGGCUUUUUCAUGGAAAAAUAUUGGAUUUUUAUUGUUAAAAUAGCUUGUAAAAAGCUAUGACGUGACGAAAUUUCCAGGUUUUUUUUUGAGUUUCAGAAAACUCUAAAUUUAGAAUUUGAAAAAUGCAAAUCCGAUUCUGAAGAUUCUGAAAGUUAAUUUAAUUUUCCAAUUUAAAUCCUAAUUUCAACAUUUUCAGGUAACCUUAGCAAUGAUAAUGUUAUCAAUAACAUUAGGAUGGGCUGCAUUGGCUGGAGUUGUUAUUAUGCUUUUAUUUAUUCCACUCAAUUUUUUCACUUCAAGAUUUAUCAAAAAAUCACAAAUUGCUCAGAUGAAAGUCAAAGAUGAGAGAACCAAAUUAUCGAAUGAGGUUUGAGAUUCUUGUUUAAAAAAUCCCAGAUUUUCUAAUUAAAAUUUUCCCGCAGAUGCUAAACGGAAUAAAAGUUGUCAAACUUUACGCUUGGGAAGAAUCCUUUGAGACGAAAAUCAACGAAUUGCGAGCAAAAGAAGUGAAAAUGUUGCGAAACGUGUGCAUUUUAUCGCGAAUCGUCGACGUCGCCAACGCGACUUCGCCAUUUCUCGUCGCAAUUGCCUCAUUCACUUGUUACGUAUUGUUCGCAAGCGAUUCCACGACUUCUCUAACACCAAGUGUCGCAUUUGUUGCGCUUACUAUUUUUAAUCAAUUGCGACAACCAAUGCGAAUGGUCGCUAUGUUGAUUAAUUCAUUUGUUCAGGCAAAAGUUUCAAAUAUUCGAUUAAAGGAAUUUAUGAAUGCGGAAGAAAUGCGGAAAAAUACGCAAGUUGCGUUGGGAAAUGCUGUGGUUUUUAAGAAUGCGAGUUUGAAUUGGAAAGGUGCGCAAGAGCCUGCAGUGAUCAAAAAUGUGAGUUAGAAUAGAGCUACUGAGAUUGUCAAAAGCUUCCGUGUGCGUCCCUAAUUCAAAUAUUUUCCAGCUCUCUGCCACAAUCAAAUCAGGUCAAUUAAUAGCGAUUGUUGGCGGCGUAGGCGGUGGCAAAUCAAGUAUUUUGUCAGCAAUUCUCGAUGAAAUGUGUUUAUUGGAGGGAAAAGUGAAAGUUGGCGGAAGUCUGGCAUAUGUUCCCCAACAUUCGUGGAUUUUCAAUAAGUCGAUUCGAAAUAAUAUUACUUUUGGGGAAUUGAUGGGAAGUCAAGAGAAUUAUGAGCAAAUUGUCGAGGCUUGUCAAUUGAAAUCUGAUUUUUUGCAAUUUCAACAAGGCGAUGAGACGAUUGUUGGCGAAAAUGUGAGUUUUUUCGGGUACUUUAGAAAAACUACAGUACUCCAUUGA